AAUAAACGAAUCUAGAUUCUUCUUCAAAUAAUUUUGAUCGAAUUGGCCGUUUUCUCAUUUGAAGGUCAGUGUCAACGGUUCUACCCGAAUUCAACCCGACAAGAUCCGAAACACAGCCAACAAGAACAACAAAGACAUCAGAUAUGCCUCCCAUUUCUUCUCACAAACAUUAUCGUUUUAUCUCAGAUUCAUCACUACCCACCACUGAAUGCAAGCUGCACUUGCAGCUAUGGCUGCUCACUCUAUCCUCUUCUCUUCUCCCGCCGCCUCUAACUCCCUCGUUUUCCCCAUCUCAAACCCUAACACUAUCUCACUUCAAUCUUCUUUCCAUGGUGUCUCCCUUAAACCCUCAAUCGCCCGUCAAUCCCUGAUACUCUCCGCCACCGCUCCUAAACCCCUUACUGUCGUUGCCGCCGUCAAGAAAGCCGUCGCCGUCCUCAAGGGCACCUCCAGUGUCGAAGGCGUUGUUACUCUCACUCAAGAAGACAGCGGUCCAACAACUGUCAAUGUCAAAAUUACUGGAUUGACUCCAGGACCCCAUGGAUUUCAUCUACAUGAGUUUGGUGAUACCACAAAUGGGUGCAUAUCAACAGGACCACAUUUCAACCCUAAUGGGCAUACACAUGGUGCUCCUGAAGAUAAAAUCCGUCAUGCGGGUGACCUGGGAAACAUAAUUGCCAAUGCCGAUGGUGUGGCUGAAGCUACAAUUGUAGAUGAUCAGAUACCAUUGACUGGUCCUAAUGCUGUAGUUGGAAGAGCAUUAGUGGUUCAUGAACUUGCAGAUGAUCUUGGAAAGGGUGGUCAUGAACUUAGCCUCUCUACUGGAAAUGCAGGUGGAAGACUUGCUUGUGGUGUGGUUGGAUUGACACCAAUAUGAAGUUGUGCUGAACCCAUUAAGUCGCAUAGAGGUUAAUGCUUUUUUGCAUUUUAAGAACCAAAGUUGAACUAUUCUCAUAUUGUAUUUAGCCAAUAAUCAAUGAGGCUUUUGUAAACACUUGGUGAAACAUGUAAAACAAUAUCUUGCUCUUUGAAUUACUUGUGAGUUUGAUUAUCGUAUUAUUCAACUAGUUUUACUUGUGCUUCUAUAAUCACACUACUUAGUAUUCGUUCCUUUUGUUCACAAAAUCCCCGACAAUAUUGUUAUGGUGCAUAAUCAAAAUAGAAUAUGUGGUUAGUGGUUAGACAAUUUCCCAUGAGGAUAGCUCAUCUUUAUAUUGCUGCUUUUGCCUUUGCAUUUGCUUGUGCAUGUUUAACUGGGGAAUUCUGUUGGGAUCUGUUGUACUCACAGC